AUGUCUUUCCAUCAGGAUCGUGGGGGUCCCCGGGGAGGAGUGCCUCCUGGCCAGCAUGGUACCAACCAGAACUACAGACCCACCAACAUAAGGCCGCCCCCUCCCCAGCCUCCAGUUCCUUCCUACCGUUACGAUUCGCAGACUGCCCCCUACAUGCCUCCGCACCCUGACUUCAUGCAGUAUCCACCACCAGUUCAAUCCCAAACUUCCAAUUCUCUUAACCAGUGCCCGGUGCGCCCACCUUUCUCGAAGCCCCCCACCCGACAAGGCUUCCCUGAACCGCCACCUAACUUUCCACCUCCUCCCUUACCCGGCUCCGCAGGUGGUCCCGCUCCAAGGGCGCAGGUGUCUGCUCAAAAUGCCUACCACCCUUACAUGAUGCCUCCUGUGCCCCCACCGCCGCUACCACACCCUGACCCUCCAUUCCCUCCUCCUACCUUCAGCUCCAGCUACACCCAAAGCAACACCCAGUUUCAAGCAGACCACAGCAUCAGGCAUGGGGGGCAGUACAAGUACGAGAAGCCCAUGGACAGCAGGAGGUCCCCAGAAAGAGGGUAUCGGCACGAUGAUCACAGGCGGAAGUGCUUUGGCUAUGGAGGCCACGGCGACAGGCACAAAAUGGAAUUUCCCGGAGAGAGGAAGGACCGCGGGAGAAGUCCAGACAGGCGCAGCAGGCAAGAGGGUGGGCGGUAUAGGUCUGAAUACGACAGAGGCCGGACUCCCCCCAGACACAGGAGCAGGGAUCGCAGCAGAGAGCGGUAUCGGCACAGAGACAGUCGGAGAUCCCAGUCACCCGACAGGCACAGAAAGAGGCCUCGAAGCCGGUCAACAAGCAGAGACAGGAAACGUGGUCGCUGGGAGGAGGAGAGGGACAGGAGGUCAGAGAGCUCCUCGGGGCUGAGCAGAGAGCGCAGCUUCUCCGCCAUAAGGAGCAGAGACUCUGAUGAAGCCUUCAGCGACAGAGACCGAGAGCGGGAGAGAGAGAGGGAACGGGACAGGGAGCGAGAAAAAGUGAAGGAGAAGGGCGAUGACGAGAAAGAAGAGGAGGACCUGCUGAAACCUGCCUGGAUUCGGUGCACCCACGCCGAGAACUACUAUUCCAAUGACCCCAUGGACCAAGUGGGCUAUGACAGCAGCAGCGACUCAGACUGUGAGUCAGAAGGCGAAGGAACCACCUGCUCCAGCAGCUCUGACUCAGAGGUUUUUGAUGUCAUCGCUGAGAUCAAAAGGAAGAAAGCUCACCCCGACCGGCUGCACGAGGAGCUCUGGUACAAUGACCCCGGGGAGAUGAAUGAUGGUCCCCUGUGUAAGUGCAGUGCCAAGGCCAGACGUACAGGGAUCCGCCACAGCAUCUACCCGGGGGAAGAGGUAACCGACAGGCCGACAGUGAUUGAGUACGAUGACCACGAGUACCUGUUUGAAGGCUUCUCUCUCUUCUCCCACACUCCUCUCACUAACAUUCCAUUGUGCCGUGUGAUCCGCUUCAACAUAGAUUACACCAUUCACUUCAUAGAGGAGAUGGCACCGGAGAACUACUGCGUCCGAGGCCUGGAGCUGUUUGCCUCCUACUUGUUCCGGGAUAUUCUUGAGCUUUAUGACUGGAACCUGACAGAUCCGGAGUCUGACGGUGAGGUCUCUGGAUGCCCACGUUUCCAUUUCAUGCCACGUUUUGUCAGAUUUCUGCCCGCCCCGCAGAAACCGAGCUCGGUGCGCAUCGACCAACUGGACAGGGAGCAGUUCAACCCAGACGUCAUCACUUUCCCCAUCAUCGUUCAUUUUGGGAUACGGCCCGCGCAGUUAAGCUACGCUGGAGACCCCCAGUAUCAGAAGCUGUGGAAGAGCUACGUGAAACUACGCCACCUGCUGGCCAACAGCCCCAAGGUCAGGCAGAUCGACAAGCAGAAGAUGACACAGAGAGAGGAAGCUCUUCAGAAGAUCCGUCAGAAGAACACGAUGCGCCGAGAGGUCACAGUGGAGCUCAGCAGUCAGGGCUUCUGGAAGACUGGCAUCCGCUCCGACGUCUGUCAGCACGCCAUGAUGCUCCCCGUUCUCACCCAUCAUAUCCGCUACCACCAGUGUCUCAUGCAUCUGGAUAAGCUCAUCGCCUAUGUCUUCAAGGAGCGCUGCCUCCUUCAGUUGUCUGAGAAAAUACAAGGAGCCCAAGUGGAUCUCUUACAGUUCUUGCCGUCUCCAUGUGUUCGUCUCCUCCCCAUCUCUAGGAUCAAUCACAACGAGAGACUGGAGUUCCUCGGCGAUGCUGUUGUCGAGUUCCUCACCAGUGUUCACCUGUACUACCUUUUCCCCAGUUUAGAGGAGGGUGGCCUGGCCACCUACAGAACGGCCAUCGUACAGAACCAGCAUUUGGCCAUGCUAGCCAAGAAACUGGAGCUGGAUCGCUUCAUGCUCUACGCUCACGGACCGGAUCUGUGCCGGGAGUCGGACUUGCGGCACGCCAUGGCCAACUGCUUUGAGGCUCUGAUGGGGGCCGUGUAUUUGGAAGGAGGCUUGGAAGAGGCCCGGCAGCUCUUUGGGAGACUGCUUUUCAACUCUGAGGAUCUGCGGGAGGUCUGGCUCAACUACCCACCACACCCCCUGCAGGUACAGGAGCCGCAGACAGACAGGCAGCUGAUUGAGACGUCGCCGGUCCUCCAAAAACUGACCCAAUUCGAGGAGUCUAUCGGAGUUUUGUUCACACAUGUGCGCCUGCUGGCCAGAGCCUUCACCUUAAGGACCGUGGGCUUUAACCACCUCACCCUGGGCCACAACCAGAGGAUGGAGUUCCUGGGAGACUCCAUCAUGCAGCUGGUAGCCACAGAAUAUCUCUUCAUCCACUUUCCUGACCACCAUGAAGGACAUUUAACACUCCUCCGCAGCUCGCUGGUAAACAACCGCACGCAGGCCAAAGUGGCAGAGGAGCUGGGAAUGCAGGAGUUCGCCAUCACCAACGACAAAACCAAACGUCCGGUCGCGCUGCGGACCAAGACUCUGGCCGACUUGUUGGAGUCUUUCAUCGCAGCUCUCUACAUUGAUAAAGACCUGGAGUACGUGCACACAUUCAUGAACGUCUGCUUUUUCCCUCGACUGAAGGAGUUCAUUCUGAACCAGGACUGGAACGACCCCAAGUCUCAGCUGCAGCAGUGUUGUUUGACCCUGAGAACGGAGGGCAAGGAGCCUGAUAUCCCACUCUACAAGACCUUGCAGACGGUGGGGCCGUCGCACGCGCGCAUUUACACCGUCGCCGUGUAUUUCAAAGGAGAGCGAAUCGGCUGUGGCAAAGGCCCAAGCAUCCAACAGGCAGAAAUGGGAGCUGCGAUGGAUGCGCUGGAGAAAUAUAACUUCCCACAGAUGGCUCAUCAGAAGCGCUUCAUCGAGCGGAAAUACAGGCAGGAGCUGAAGGAGAUGAGACGAGAGCGGGAGCGGCAGGAGAAGGAAACCGAAGACUCGGAAGAGUACAGGAAGUGACAGCGCCUUCUUUGGGACAGCCAAUCAGGACCCGGGUCCACAUUAGGGAGCCUUCUCUGCAGAUGUUGCAGCUGUUCAGGCAAGAGCUAGCAAAACGGAGGUGCCACUAGUUGAUCGUGAAGAUGUAGUAAGGAAGAUAGAUGGGUUUUAGGAAGGGAUCAAGUGGGUCGAAGUGACCGUUAGCACAAAUAUUUGGGGGGAAACUACCUUUGUGCCCAGUAUUUUCAAAGUAAAAGUAGGACAAAGGGCAAAGGGAAUUAGAAAUGAAGACUCAUGCAUUUAUGUUUUAUGCUGUUUAUCACUCCGGCUCUGUCAAAGGUGGCUUUAUGUUGUCUUAUGUGUAUGUUAAAUAUAGAGUGGAACCUUUUUAAAAACAAAGCCACAGCAGGACCUCACCGUGUUACUGGCACAUGGCAAAAAAAUUCCCAUUUUUUUAAAUGGAGUAAGAACUGUUAAAUAAACCAUCAGAGCAUCUAUUGUAAAUAAAGUUUCUGAUUCUGGUCCAAAAA